AUGGCCCAUCCUUUCUAUUCUCCCGAGGAUGAGGCUGUCUUUGAUCAAUCUGCAAAGCGAGACCCUCUUUCCGUGUCCCAUUCCUUUCGAGGUGAUGGGCCCCAGGACCUAAUAGACAGGAGCACCGACUGUGUGAGUCCUGUGCCCGAUCUAGAUGGCAAAGGCCGAAACCCGGCGCGUCGUCGAAUCCAGGUUGCAUGUCAGCGAUGUCGGAAAAGAAAGAUCAAAUGCAGCGGCGACAUGGGCAAUAGCAGAGGCUGCUCAAAUUGUGUUAGUGCUGGAAAUACCAACUGCCAAUUCUUGAGGGUGAAUUCGUCCAUGCUGCAGACAAAAGUGACUGGUUGGCCGUAUGCCGCGAUGAACGCCGCAAUCUCUUCAUCCCAGAGGAUAGGCUUCUAUGCGCCUCCUAUUACCCCAAAGAUGGGUGGCCCACUGCCAGUCCAUCCGUCCUUUCGUGCUGCCUCGAUUUCACGACAUGUGCCAACUACCUACGAGAUGGGACCCGCCGAUUCUCCAUAUCCCUACGGUCGUCAGCCUUUUGGAAUAGAUCAUGCCAUCAAUUACGAGGACGAGUCCUCGGAGGCGUAUAGUAAUCCCCAGUCCUCGGCAUACAUGAUCCCCAGCACGCCUGCGACUGUUCUUGCAGACUACUGCGAAAUCCCAUGGAACCCCAAGGCCUGGAAUUCUGGCGGUGCCAGUUUUAACCGAGGCCCGAAUCCUCAUGUCUUGUUCUCAGCUCCAGAAUCUGAAGGCAGCGUGCACCCACCAGCUUAUCCGUACCUGAUCUCGACACCAGGGGGUACCCCAUCGACUGACCCGUCAUCCGGGGCACCUCUGUUGGCGCCUUUGUCGCCCGAAGGGCAGGGGACCGAUCGGACUCUUCCCAAUCCUACCGGCCGCUAUCAUGUCGGCCUUUCGAGUCUACCGACCUCGCCGGAAGUCAUCUCAGGCUUGCCUCUUCCCCUAGACUAUAGGGUAUCCAAUGCCUGGAGCAGCUGCAAAGGCGCUACUAACGGUGGUGCUCGCACCCCCGGGCCGCCGAUGUCGAACGGAGGCUCGCUGGGUUCCAGUCCUCUGGCUCGGACGAAGCCGUUUCCUCCCAACACACACGAUGCGGUACUGGGAUUCUUGCCCUUGACUACGGUAGGGACACCGUCACCAUUGCUGUCAUCCAGCGGCACAUUCACUACCUCCACACUGGAUGCGUCCGAUUCGGGGGAUGAAAUCCGUGGCAACGACACCCGAUUCACGAGGGCCCUGUCUCGCGAGAAUAGCCGCCUGCUGUCCAUCGGGGAGGGCAGCUCGGACACCUACCGGUAUAUCACGACCGAAAAGGCGAACAAGAAAUGCUCCGAGGCGGGUGAUUCCGGCCGGCCUGGGACAUUGCUGAAUGGGCUUCCCUAUACGCGGCCCAAGCCAUCGGACUAUGAAGUUCCCUUGCCGUACGGUGCUCUUUCAACGGAAGCAUCGACAGAGGUGCACCGGGCUCCAGUCCCCGCCCUGAGUAAACCAGGAACGUUCUGA